AUGGAGCAAGCUACACAGUCAUCCGGUCAACAACAGAACCGCCAGCAGGCCGUUUAUGAUAUUCGGAAUGGCGGACAUUAUGGCGCCAGCGCAGCUCUUUCAGCACAAGGAUAUGCGCCCGUCGCAGAGUUGUACACUGGCGCAUGGUCAAAUGUCAACCAAGGUCUUCAAGGAAAUUCGCGCGACAUCCUGACUACAUACUGGCAACACAUUAUUAACCACCUGGAAACGGACAACCAUGACUACAAAAUCCACCAACUACCUUUGGCGCGUAUAAAGAAGGUGAUGAAAGCCGACCCAGAAGUGAAAAUGAUCUCCGCAGAAGCACCAAUCCUCUUCGCCAAAGGCUGCGACAUCUUCAUUACAGAACUCACAAUGCGCGCAUGGAUACAUGCCGAAGACAACAAACGUCGAACCUUGCAGCGAUCUGAUAUUGCAGCGGCCCUCGCCAAAUCCGACAUGUUCGAUUUCUUGAUCGACAUCGUGCCCCGAGAGGAAGCUACAUCGCACGCGAAACGAUCUAGCCAAGCCGGUGGUGCCGUAGGUACCGCUGGCGCUGCUGGCGCAUCUGGUUCAGCCGGUGCUGCGGGACAUAUUCCUGCUGCUCAGGCUGGCGUUCAGCAUCCUCACAUGGCUCCCGAGUAUCUCGGUCAGCAUGCGCUUGCACAGGAUCAGGAUUAUAGAAAUCAGCCGGGCAUGUACCCUGGCGCAGUGCAGUCGGAUCCUGCGGCUUAUGGCCAACCUCAACCUCAGAUGUUUGAUGGAAUGUACACCGCGUAUCCCCAUAUGCCUCCUCAGCAGUAA